AUGGUUCUCCUUCCAGAGAAUUCUGAGCAUUUCCUAGAGAGCAUAUGAAGGUCGGUUGUUUGAUAAACCCCGGACAAAGAAAACCCGAGGAACAAAGACGACGUGGCAUCAUCCCGUCCCCAAUUUUCGGAUGACGAUGAUGGCGAACUUGAAUUCGAAAUUAGGGUUGUUCCGAUUAGGGACACGGUGGCUGAGCAGUACUGGGAGUGGGCCAGCGAAGAGGGUCGCGGCGGUUUGGGGCAAUGGAGACUACGGGAGGCUCGGAUUAGGGAGCUUGGACUCUCAGUGGAGCCCUACCCUUCUGCUCUGCUCUGCAUUUCAGGACCAAAGCCUUGAAGCCGUUGCUUGCGGCGGAGCUCACACUCUGUUCUUGACCCAAGCUGGCCGGGUUUUCGCCACCGGCCUAAAUGAUUUCGGACAGCUUGGGGCCUCCACUGAUGUGCAUUAUGCUACUGAGCCGGUGGAGGUAUCGGGAAUCAACAAGCCAGUUGUGCAAAUUUCCGCUGGAUAUUAUCAUUCUUGUGCUGUUACAGUUUUACUUGCAGAAGAUGGAGAGUUAUACAUGUGGGGGAAGAACUCAUAUGGGCAGCUUGGCCUUGGAAAGAGAGGAGCAAAAACAGUUCAUGUACCAACAAAAGUUGAAUGCUUGGCUGGAAUCACCAUUAGGAUGGUAGCUUUGGGAUCAGAGCACUCAGUGGCUGUUACUGAUGGAGGUGAGUCCUUAAGUUGGGGAGGAGGUUCUGGAAGACUUGGUCAUGGUCCUGAAUCAGGCAUUUUAGGAAUUUUCAAAAGUACCAGUGAAUAUACACCAAGGCUUAUCAAGAAACUUGAGGGGACCAAAGUCAAAAAAGUUGCUGCUGGAUUGCUGCAUUCAGCAUGCGUUGACGAAAAUGGAUCUGUAUUCGUAUUUGGUGAAAGAGCAGUAGAUAGAAUGGGGAGUUUAAAGGGGAAGAAUGGAACUGCACCGUCCAUGAUCAGCAGACUGCCCUGCUCAGAAGAAGUUUCAUGCGGUGGCUAUCACACAUGCAUCAUAACAAGUGGUGGAGAACUCUACAGUUGGGGUUCAAAUGAAAAUGGUUGCCUUGGUAUUGGUACUACUGAUGUACUUCAUCUGCCGGAAAGAGUUCAAGGUCCAUUCUUGAAAUCUGCAGUUAUCAAGGUAUCUUGUGGUUGGAAGCAUACAGCAGCAAUUUCUGAAGGCAAUAUCUUCACAUGGGGUUGGGGAGGUUCACAUGGAACAUUUUCUGAAGAAGGGCAUUCUUCUGGAGGACAACUGGGUCAGGGAACUGAUGUUGACUACAUAAAACCUACGAGGGUCAAGUUUGGGGAGAAUUUGAAAGCUUUACAGAUAUCAUGUGGGUUCAAUCACACUGGUGCCAUACUAGAAUACACCUAAGCUUAAGCUGUUGCAGUAUCAGCAGAAGGACAUGUACUAAUGGUUUGGAUAUCUCUCACGGUACUUAUUCAUUCAUUCAUUCAAAUGUACAAUCAUGGAAUAUGCUGUCAGUCACGGUACUACACUUGGUUAUACCAAAGAAUAUGGAUAUUUCCUUUCUGUAAUAUCUAGAUCCAUCAUGUACAUUAUGUAUAUGCUAUAAAAGGUCCAACCAUAAAAAUAAUAUGAUUCCAUUGUUACAGUGAUGGAAAUGUAAUCAGUUAUUCACCAAAUAUAUCCUAGAGGGUACACAUAAGAAAUCACACUUAUUCCUAUUGUAUUACAACUUUCCAAUCAAUAAAUGUUUUUGUGUUAUAUGUA